AGGGGACGGAGGACGAAGGUCGCGCUUCCAGCAGCGCCUGGUCGCGAGUCUGGGAAUCCUAUCUGGCUUCGCCGCCGGCCUGAGCGAGGAUGGUAGCCCAUAAAGUGAGCUAUACAUGCACGGAGAAAGUAUGGGAACACUUAUUAAAAUUCAAGGUCUCUCUUGGUCUCCUAUUGCUUCAUUUGAUUUUGGCUUCUGGCAGAGCCAGUGAUGCAAGUAUCUCAUCAAACCUUAGAAACUUUUCUGCAAGCACAACAAAUUUGUCUUCAAUUGGAACUCUGGAUACUGCAGGAGCAAACAUUUUAUAUAAGAAAGUGUGUAAGUUAUCGGAUAUAUGUAAAGAUUCAGUUUUCUACAUGGGCAGUAUGAAAUUUCAAAUUCAUGAAAACAAUUCAGAUACUUCAUAUAACCUAACAGUAAAAUAUCCUGACAACAACACUAAUCUGUACCUGUUAAAAGUUUAUUCAACCCAACUACCAGAAAUAAAUAUUUCAGAUUUCAAUAAAACACUUCAACAGCUAAGUCAGUCAUCUCUCAUGCAGUGUAAUGAAAUAAACCAGAGUAUAGUCAACUGUAUUUUUAUAAUAGAACUGGAGAAAGGAAUUAAUAUAAGCAACAUAAUAUCAGAGUUAGAAGAAAAAGCAGAACUGAAUCUAAUUGAAUCAUGCUGCUGUUUAAUGCAGCCAUUUUCUUGUCCAAAUGCCCAAGAGUUGCAUCGUUUUCAGUGUGAUAUUCAUGAACCAGUUGGCUGUAGUGGUCAUAGUACUCCUGACUCUCCAGUUACAUCUGUAGGUCCUUUCUCUUUUACAAUGCAGCCUGAAGACUUUUCCCCUGAAUUGUCCUCUGAAUCAACAACUGUUUUGCCACCUCCUUUCACUGAGCCCGCAACAAUAAAUAUUUCUACUAUAAAUGCUACUCAUAAUCCUUUCACUGAGCUUUCUUCUGGAUUUCCUACAAAGUCAACCAAUAUAUUUGUUCCUUCAACCUUGGUUGAAACAAUUAAUUCAGAUUUUACAAACCAUUCUACCCAUCCUAUUAGUACUUUUCCAGAGGUACAUCCCACAGCAUCUACAAUAUCUAAUGCUCAGCAUACAACAUCGAUUUCUUCAGCCAUCAUGUCCAUGUCUUCUUCUAUGAUCUACACUAAUGAUAUUGGAGGACCAAGUAAAAAAACCACAGAACAAAUCUCUCAUAAUAAUUCAAGCAUUACCAAUAGUACUGAUGCCUCCAAUGUCAGCAGCAUUGUUUCAGAGCUUGAAAGCUACUUAACUGCAGAAACAAUAGCACCAUCUCUUGGACAGUCGAUGCUGGAAAGAGUUAGCUUCCUUCUAAGCAUGCCCCAAUCACAAAUAUAUCCAAUGUCUAAAAGAAUAAUAAAAAUAGUGGAUGUGAUUGGAUUAAAAUUGAAAUUCUCAACAACAUCCAUUAAUCUUACCACUCCUACUUUGGCUCUGGCUGUCAUGAAAGUCAACAGUAGCUCUUUUAGCAAAGUUUCUUUUGCUGUUCAACAUUCCUCAGAUCUUGAGGUUACCCUUGGAAUUGAAGUGCCAUCAAAGAUUAUUGGAUCCAUUACACUUCCAUCAUCAAUAAUGGAAGAAUUGUCACCUCAAGAUAAGCAUAUAGCUUCUAGAAUUACAUUUAAUUUUUUUAAAAAAACAACUCUAUUCCAGGAUUCUACACUGAAAAAUUUGUCUUUGUUCAGCUAUGUUAUAUCAUCAAGUAUUGCUAACCUUUCAGUCAACAACUUGAAGACAAAUGUGACUGUCACGCUACAAAAUAUCAGGCCUAAUCAGGAGAACUUGACAUUAAGAUGUGCCUUCUGGGAUUUCAGUAAAAAUGGUGACCAAGGCAGUUGGAAUUCUGAAGGUUGUGUGGUAAAAGAAAGAACAAUGAAUGAAACCGUCUGUAACUGCAAUCACCUGACAAGUUUUGGCAUAUUACUGGAUUUAUCAAGAAACCCCACUAUAUCUCCAGUUCAAGUGCUAAUUCUAACUUUCAUCACCUACAUCGGUUGUGGACUUUCAGCUAUUUUUCUUUCUGUGACUCUUGUUACCUACAUUGCAUUUGAGAAAAUCCGAAGAGACUACCCAUCUAAAAUUCUUAUCCAGCUCUGCAUUGCACUGCUUCUUCUAAACCUCAUUUUCCUGCUGGAUUCCUGGAUUGCUCUGUAUGAGAUCCAGAAUCUGUGCAUUUCUGUUGCUGCCUUUCUUCAUUAUUUUCUUUUGGUUUCUUUCACCUGGAUGGGCCUUGAAGCCUUUCACAUGUAUCUUGCCCUUGUGAAAGUAUUCAAUACGUACGUUAGAAAAUAUAUUCUAAAGUUCUGCAUUAUUGGCUGGGGAUUACCAGCUAUAGUAGUAACCAUUGUACUAGCAAUAUCUCCAUAUAACUAUGGGCUUGGAUCAUAUGGAAAAUUUCCCAAUGGUUCAUCUGAUGAAUUCUGCUGGAUUAAGAAUGACAUUGUAUUUUACAUCACAGUUGUGGGAUACUUCUGUACAAUAUUCUUGCUCAACAUCAGUAUGUUCAUAGUAGUACUGAUUCAGCUUUGUAGAAUCAAAAAGAAGAAGCAGCUUGGUGCCCAGAGGAAAACUAGCAUACAAGAUCUCAGGAGUGUUGCUGGCCUUACAUUCUUAUUGGGAAUUACUUGGGGAUUUGCCUUUUUUGCAUGGGGUCCUGUAAAUCUUAUUUUUAUGUAUCUCUUUGCGAUUUUUAAUACUUUGCAAGGGUUUUUCAUUUUUGUUUUUUACUGUAUUGCAAAGGAGAAUGUUCGCAAACAAUGGAGAAGGUAUUUGUGUUGUGGCAAAUACCGGCUGGCUGAGAAUUCAGACUGGAGCAGAACUGCUACUAAUGGCUUAAGGAAGCAGAAUAUUAAUCAAGGUGUAUCCAAUUCUUCACAUUCUUUACAAUCUAACAAUAACUCUACUAAUUCUACAUCGAUGCUAAUGAGCAGUGAUUAUUCUGUGCACUCAAAUGGCAAUGAAAAUAUCUCUCAGGGGAAGAAUGGUGUUUCUUUCCAUGUACAGAAUGGUGAUGUGCAGCUUCCUGAAUUUUCAGUUAAAAAGCAUGUAUUUCAUGAAAACAAUGAUAUAUCCCAUAAAAAGUCUUGCAUUUCACUGAGAAGAACUUCCAAAAAAAAGAGCCUGCAAUUUAUGGAACCAUUAUGACUUUUAAAAUAUUUUCCAUUAUUUUACCAAGUAAUAUACAGGUUUAUUUUAACUGUUACACAUAAUGUGAACAAAAGAAAGUCAUUAAUGUACAAGGGCAAAACUUCAACUUUGGGGUCAAAGCUCUACAAUAUUUCCCCUUUUUAAUGCUAUUGAUAGAUAUUAACAACAUAUGUUAAAAGUAGCUUUGUGGCUGCAAAACAUGAACCACUCCAUAUUUGCUUCUUCCCCACCCCAAAAUUGAGUUUUAAAAGUUUUUUUAUAUACUUGACAGAGUUACAAAUAACUCAAACUAUCAUGCAAUAAUGCUAUGUUAAAAUAGAUACAAAUAAGCUGAAGUCUGAAAAAGAUGCAAAUACUGAUUUUCUGAAUAAUGUACAUGGUAUUAUAACUUUCUUUUAUCAGGAUGUGGUCACAGACAUUAUAUUUUUAUAUAGAGAAAACUGUCUUUUGGUUACCCAAUAAAUGUAUAUUUAUUUCUAAUUAAUUGGUCAUAUUCCUUUGUAUAAAAAUAAAUGUGUACUGUUGAAGUUUUACUGUAAUUAUUGAACAAAUAUGAAGUGCUUUAUUAUUCUGGUAUACAAACCAUUUGUAUCUAUAUGUGUAAAUAACUUUAAAAUGGUAAAGUUAAAUAAACCAUCUAACUGUAAAUAUGAAUUAUGCAACAAUGGAAACUGCUUGCUUUAUUGCUUGUCAGUAUUACAACUUCCUUAUGAAUAGCUUGAUCUCUGGGGGCAGCUGGGACAGAGGUGGGGAGCAGAAUUAUGGUUUUUAAGAAGAUAAAGGGAAAAUAUACGAAGUAUUUCUGUACAGAAUACUGUCACAUUAUUAAAAUGAAACCAGUCUGGGUUGAAGGUUGACACAAAUACUUCUGGUAAUAGGUACAGUAUAUCAUGACAUUUUCUAAAAGGAGGAAACUGGAGGAGAAAUUGGUUUCUUAAUGAUCAUUUGAGAAGAACUGGGAUUUAUAGUUUCCAAAGAGAUGGUUGUGGAAACAGAUCCAUGGUAUUUAAACAGACCCUUCAGCAAACAUAAUUCACGAUUUAUGAGCAGCACAGUUGGGUUUUCAACCAGUCUGCCAGAGAUACUUUUUAACUGGAAAGAGGAGUAAAGACAAGAUAGUUUGAGAAAUUGAUAGUAUUUUCACAUGAAGUCAGCCUUGACCUCUGUUGGUAAAUUGGUAAAUUUCUCCCUGAAUCCUUGUUUAAAAACUACCU